AAGAGGCAUGGAUGGAGAGUCCUUUAAGGACAUGCGCCCUGUGUGAGUUUAGCUACAGGCGUUUUUUACUACUCCAUCCUCAGUUGGUUGUAAGCACUUCUCUAACGCACUCGUGUCCUUUUUUGAACCUCAUUGUCUCUGUGAAUUUUCCAAUCUCUAAAAGAAAAUCUCUCUGUAAUUCAGACAAUACCCCCAAAGCCUUUAUCUAGCAGUAGUGUAACAAUAUAUUACACAAAAUAAUUCCCAUUUAUAUUUUCAAUAAAAAUAAAUAAAGUGCAAAGGAUUCCCAAAAGCUCCCGAAUUCUCACUCCCAAUUAAUCGCGUUUAAAUUCAGCCCAAAAAUGGGAAUUUUUCAAUUUCAAAGGGAGCUUUUCCGUAGAUCAAUUUUUAAAGUUUUCCCACAAAAUUCAAAUUGGUCUUUAGCAUUGCUGACAAGUUUUCCUUCGUGCGACAGCCGUUUGUCUCCUAAUCGGAGGCUCUGCAUGGAUAACAUUCAGGGUGGGUCGGGAGGAAUGCAAUUUAAGCAGAUCCCCCCAAAUACCGAGCGAUUGGGUGAAAUAAUUACGCAUCUACGUGAUACCUUCUUCACUGAUGAGCCACUCAAUAGAGCCGUGAAGCUGUGUCGCCCGGGUGAGGGGCAUCACGAACUAGAGCGCCACAGUGAGAAGACAAUUCGUGAUGGUCUCAGUGUUAUGGCAAUUGCGGAAAGUGGCGAGAUUGCUGGUGUGGCACUAAACGGUAUCCUGAGGCGUGGUGAAGUGAAAAAAGCUUUGGACGACCUCAAGGACUCCAAGGAUGAAAGAUUUAAGAAAAUCUUCAAGCUUCUUUAUGAGGAAAAUCUCAAAGUGGAUCUUUUUGAAGAGUUUGGGGUAUUCAAACUUUUUGAAAUACGAAUCCUUUCCGUAGAUUGUAGAUUCAGAGGUCAGGGUUUGGCAAAAAAGCUGCUUGAGAAGAGUGAAGAAGUGGCAAAGGAGAAUGACUUUAGAGUUAUGAAGACUGAUGCCACAGGACUCUUCUCUCAAAAGACUUUCAGCACCUUGGGCUACAGCACAAAAUCCGAAUAUUGCUACAGCUUGGAAAAUGGAAGGAGUCCCGAUUUUAUGGUUGAUCCCCCACACGAUAAGCUCAAGAUCAUGUACAAAGUGAUCGAAUAAUGGGAUUUAUCGUGAAAGUUUUAUGCCUUCAAUAUCCUGCUUCAGUCGUCAGAUAAAUGUGAUUUGUUGAAAGGAUUUUAUAGUCUAUUUUUCCUUUUUUUUUUUUGAAAAAUCAAAAUAUUUAUUAAAAAAAUGAAAAAGGGAAUAUUCACAUAUUUUGAUGUCGUGUUGAGUGCAGAAUGAUCUCAGAUUUAAUUUUUACGGAAAUAUCAUUUUUUCUUUUUUUCUUAAAAACAAUUAAAGAAAGAAAGCAGCAUAGUUUCUUUGAAUUUUCAUUAAAAAAUAUAUCUUUUUAAAAGAUAAAGAAAAUAUUAAAUAAACUUUGAAAUUAUCAUUAAAUCUGUUAAAUUUUCAUAGAAAAAAUGUUCUUGACUUGAUAAUGCUCACAUCCUUAUCAUUCUGCACAUUACAAAAAAUAAAGUAAAUAAAUUUAAAAGAAAAAA